CUGAUGACCCAGAGGCUAAAUCCCUGACCAAUCAUCUUGACACUGUUGGUAGUGUGACUAUUCGUAUUUUAUAGGGGACGGAUCGAUCGAUGCAAGCCACGAUCGCGUAAUCUCUCCGGCAUCGUUCUCGACCAUGGCCGUCAUCUCACUUGUUGAGCUCCUCAUCACAGUAAUCGCCGUGGUGCCAAUAAUCUUGGCGCUCCUCCUCUUGUCCUCCUCGUCCUCCUCUUCCAGGAAGCGCGACGAUGGCCGCCGGCAGCCUCCGUCGCCGCCCGGCCUGCCGCUCCUCGGCCACCUCCAUCUGCUGGGCCGCCUGCCUCACCGGGCGCUCCGGUCGCUCGCCGCGUCGCACGGCCCGGUCAUGCUCCUGCGCCUCGGCCGCGUGCCCACCGUCGUGGCGUCCUCGGCGGCAGCCGCGGAGGAGGCCAUGAAGACCCGCGACCUCGCCUUCUCGGGGCGGCCAGCGCUGCUGAUGGCCCAGCGCCUCCUCUACGGCGGCCGCGACGUCGGCUUCGCGCCCUACGGCGAGUACUGGCGCCAGGCGCGCCGCGUGUGCGCGGUCCACCUCCUCGGCCCGCGCCGCGUUGCCUACUUCCGCCGCGUCCGGGAGCAGGAGGUCGCCGCGCUGGUCGCCCGCGUCCGCCACGAGGCGGCGGCGGGCGGCGCGGUCAACCUGAGCGACGUCCUCAUCUGCUACUCCAAGGCCAUCAUCUCGCGCGCGGCAUUCGGGGACGUGGACUACGGGCUCGACGGCGACGAGGGGGGAGAGAAGCUGAGGCGGGUGUUCGCCGACUUCCAGGAGCUGGUCCUGGCGUCGCCGAUGCGGGAGAUCGCUCCGUGGCUCGGGUGGGUGGACACGGUGACCGGGCUGGAGGCCAGGACGAGGCGCACGUUCGAGGCGCUCGAUGGCUUGCUCGAGCGUGUCAUCGCGGACCACCGGAGCCGGCGUUCCGGUGGCCGGCAGCGGCAGGAUCUCGGUGACGGCGACGUCGACGAUCACCGGGAUUUCGUGGACGUGCUGCUGGACGUGGAGGAGAUGGACAAGGACGCCGGGCUCCGGCUCGACACGGACAACAUCAAGGCAAUAAUUAUGGACAUAUUUGCUGCCGGCACUGACACUUCCUCCACGGUGCUGGGAUGGGCCAUGGCGGAGCUCAUCAACCACCCGCGCGAGAUGCGGAAGCUCCAGGACGAGGUCCGCGGCGCCGGCCGCGUGACGGAGGACCACCUCGUCGACGGGAUGCCGUUCCUCAAGGCCGUGAUCAGCGAGACCAUGAGGCUGCACGCCCCGGCGGCGCUGCUGAUACCCCGCGAGACGACGGAGGACACGGAGCUGCUGGGCUACCACGUCCCGGCGCGCACGCGGGUGGUGAUCAACGCCUGGGCCAUCGGCCGGGACCCGGCGGCGUGGGAGCGCGCGGAGGAGUUCGUGCCGGAGCGGUUCGUCGACGCGCCCGUGGAUUACAGCAGGGUGGGGGCGGGGCAGGACUUCCGGUUCGUGCCCUUCGGCGCCGGGAGGAGGGGCUGCCCCGGCGCCGGGUUCGCCGCGCCGGCGAUGGAGCUCGCGCUCGCCAACAUGCUGUACCACUUCGAUUGGGCGCUGGUGGCGCACGGCCGCGGGAGGAGACAGGGGACGCCGUCGGUGGACGUGAGCGAGGUGUUCGGGCUGUCCGUCCGGCUCAAGGCGCCGUUGAUCCUCGUCGCCAAACCAUGGUCGGGUUAGUGUUGAUAAUACAGGAACACCACGAAAUGGACGUUGUGCGCUACAGAAACGAAGGUGUGCUGUAAACUUGCAAGUUGCAUGUAACCAAGAUGCUUUCAUUCAGACGAUCAGGCCAGUCAGUAGUAGUAAAAUGUAAAUUAUUCUUCAGAAAAACUGUAAAUGCAUGGCAGCAGCACUGAUCUAUCUAUCUCUGUUGGCAUUUGGGAA